AUCGAGUAUAGCAAAUACUUCUAAAUCACGUAUGUGCGGAACGUACCUGCAUAUGGCGGAGUUGAGUUUGUGUUUAUGUCAAUAAGCAAGUGAUUUUCGUUUGCGCGGGUGAGGAUUCAUUAAAAUCUAUAAAACAUUAUGUGCUGGUGGAACUUGUGAAUUGUGUUCGUUUAGUGUAAUAAUGUUUCACGUCACUGGACUUAAAACUAACUUUAUAUCUUCUGUGGACUUAUAAAGACAUUCAGUUGCUGCCGCCGUGGGACCAAGAUGUUGUUUGAAACUUCACCCGCGCAGGCGCAGACCGGCGCCACUAAGAUGCUAGAGCGGCGUCGCUCGAACCACCGCACUGCCGCUCUACUGAUAGCCUGCCUCUUCCUCGUUCAAGCCCACGCCGCGGAUCCUCCAGAGAUUACGAUUCGGCCACGCAACCUCCAAGUGCGCGCCAACGGAAUUGCCGCAUUCUACUGCGCUGCCCGAGGUGACCCCGUACCAAACAUAUUGUGGCGAAAGAACGGAAAAAAAGUAUCGAGCAUGCAAUCCCGUUACCUGGUCUCUGGGAUGGAGACGGCUGCCGGUCCUAACGCUAACGGUGCUGUCCUACGUAUUGAACCAGUGAGGGCUCAACGAGACGAUGCUACAUACGAGUGUGUUGCGGAAAACGGUGUAGGCGAUGCUGUAACCGCUGUGGCAACUCUCACCGUCUUUGAAGCUGACAAGGUUCCACCAGGGUUUCCUAGCAUCACGCCACCCCCUACCACCAUGGUGGUAGAAGUCGGUCACACGGCUACCUUGCCGUGUCAGGCUAACGGCAGCCCCUCACCGCGAGUGAGAUGGCUAUGGAACUCUCUCCCCCUAGAUGUAGCCUCCAACCCCAGAUACGCGCUCUUAAAUGAUAAAAUGCAUGGUACUCUACAAAUAGUCAAGAGCGAGGAAGAGGAUCAGGGCAAGUUUGAAUGUGUCGCCGAAAACGCCAUAGGAACCGAGUUCUCCAAACCGACCGCCUUGUACGUUAAAGUUCGUCGAGUGGCGCCCCAGUUCUCUAUUCCGCCACCCCCGAGGACAGAGGUGAUGCUGGGAGGGAAUCUCACGCUCAAGUGCGUGGCCUUCGGAUCACCGAUGCCAACCGUCAAGUGGAGAAAAGGUUUGACAAAAUGGCUUACACCGGAAGAUAAUCCUCCAUUGGGCCUGAACACGCUGCAGCUAGAGGACAUCAGGGAGUCAGCGAACUACAUCUGCGAGGCAGCCAGCGUUUUGGGCGUUAUAGAAACAACGGCUGAAGUGAAAGUACAAUCACUACCGGGACCUCCGGCUGAUGUGAGAGCAUCCGAAAUAACUGCUACCACAGUAAGACUCGCGUGGACCUACACCGGUCCCGAGGAGCCACAGUAUUACGUCAUACAAUACAAACCAAAAUACGCUAAUCAGGCAUUCAGCGAGAUAUCAGGUGUUGUGACGCAGUUCUACGCUGUGACGAAUCUAUCGCCGUACACUGAAUACGAAAUGUAUGUGAUAGCAGUUAAUAACAUAGGACGUGGACCUCCUAGCACACCGGCGGUUAUAACGACAGGGGAAACAGUGGAUUCUUUAUAUGGAGGCGCCAAACCCGGCUCAGCCCCUCGUAAUGUCCAAGUGCGUCCAUUGAGCUCCAGUACAAUGGUUAUACAAUGGGAUGAACCUGAAACGCCAAACGGUCAGGUCACGGGCUACAAAAUAUAUUACACUUCCGAUUCAUCGCAGUCAUUACAGUCGUGGCAUUCACAAAUGGUGGACAAUAACCACCUAACAACCAUCAGUGAGCUGACUCCACAUACUGUGUAUACCAUAAGAGUUCAGGCCUUUACAUCGGUAGGCCCCGGGCCUAUAUCCGCGCCCGUGCAAGUGAAAACACAGCAAGGCGUUCCCUCUCAACCUUCGAACCUGGUAGCAGUGGAGGCAGGAGAAACGUCAGUGACGUUAUCCUGGAAGAGGCCAGCUCAUGCUGGUGAUAAUAUAGUAUCAUACGAACUGUAUUGGAACGAUACGUAUGCCAAGCAACACCAUAGGAAACGGAUACCCAUAACAGAGACAUACACGCUGACCGGACUGUAUCCGAACACGUUAUAUUACAUCUGGCUAGCGGCGAGGUCUCAGCGAGGCGAGGGCGCUACCACACCAGCUAUCGGAGUCCGCACCAAACAAUACGUUCCUGGAGCACCUCCGAUGAACGUGACAGCCACGGCCGUGUCUCCGACCGCGGUCCGAGUGUCCUGGCAGCCGCCGCCGGCCGAAAGGGCGAACGGAAGAAUAGCGUAUUACAAGCUGCUUUGCGUGGAAUCGGGGAGGGGGGAUUCCGAAGCCACGGUCGUGAGGCUGAAUCAGACCAGCUUCGUGUUGGAUGAACUGAGAAGAUGGACUGAAUACCGCAUCUGGGUGAUGGCCGGCACCAGCGUCGGUGACGGACCGCCCUCCUACCCCGUCACAAUCCGAACGCAUGAAGACGUGCCCGGAGAGCCCCAAGAAGUUAAAGUGACCGCAAUCAACUCCACAUCCAUACACGUAACGUGGAAGCCGCCACAAGAAAAAGAAAAGAAUGGAAUCAUUAGGGGGUACCAUGUACAUGUCCAGGAAUUGAGGGAAGAGGGCAAGGGCCUCCUCAACGAUCCAAUGCGUUUCAACGUGAUGGAUGAUACGACACUCGAGUUGAACAUAUCAGGACUACAGCCGGACACGCGGUACAGUGUACAGGUUGCCGCUCUCACGAGAAAAGGUGAUGGGGAUCGAAGUCCGCCUGUUACCGUCAAAACACCCGGCGGUGUUCCAAACAGACCAACAGUUAAUUUAAAAAUAUUGGAAAGAGAUCCUAUUGUAUCGAUUGAGAUUGAAUGGGCGAAACCAACACAGACAUACGGUGACCUGCUAGGCUAUAGGCUUAGAUAUGGUAUUAAAGAUCAAUUACUUGAGGAGAUUAACUUUCCUGGAACAAAGGUUAACUCGCAUAGGAUUAACGAUUUGGAACGUGGGGUGCAGUAUGAAUUCAGAGUGGCGGGCAGGAAUCAAAUAGGUAUCGGACAGGAAACAAUUAAGUAUUGGCUAACACCCGAGGGUGCGCCGAAAGGGCCUCCUGCUAACGUCACUUAUCAUUUUCAAACACCAGAUGUAAUUAGCAUUACUUGGGAUCCACCCACAAGAGCCGAUAGAAGCGGUCAAAUAAAAAAAUAUGACGUCCAAUUUUAUAAAAGGGGAGAUCAGUCUUCAUUAGUUGAAAAAACAACGGAGCUAAUGAAAGCAGUGUUUACUGGGUUAGAAGAAGAUGCUCAUUACGUGUUCAAAGUACGGGCUUACACAGAUCAAGGUGCCGGGCCUUAUAGUAAAGAUGUUACGGCUCACACUGAGAGGGACAUCGGUAGAGCUCCCAUGUCAGUUAAAGCCGUUGCGACCUCCGAAUCAAGUGUCGAGGUUUGGUGGGAACCAGUGCCUUCGAGGAAGAAGAUCAUUGGCUAUGUUAUAUUCUAUACGAUGACCCCUGUCGAGGAUUUGGAUGACUGGCAACACAAAACUGUUCAUGUCACACACUCUGCCGAGUUGGGGAACUUGGAGAAGUUUGCUGAAUACGCAAUCGCAGUGGCAGCUAAAACUGCAGAGGGACUGGGUAGGUUAUCUGAAAAGGUCACUGUGAAAGUAAGGCCCGAAGAAGUGCCUUUACAUCUUAGAGCACAGGACGUAUCAACUCAUUCCAUGACAUUAUCGUGGUCCCCUCCAUUACGCUUAAAUCCAGUUAGUUAUAAGAUUUCCUAUAACGCCAUCAAAGAAUUUGUUGACUCACUAGGAAUGACGCAAACACAAGAAAUUCCGAAGAGAGAAAUAGUUGUUAAGCACGAUAGGACCUCAUACUCGAUUAACGAUUUAUCGCCUUUCACUACUUAUAAUGUAAACAUAAGUGCCAUACCUAACGAUAACUCUUAUAGACCGCCAACGACAAUUACCGUAACUACUCAGAUGGCUGCCCCCAAACCGAUGGUGAAACCUGAUUUUUACGGUGUUGUUGAAAAUGAAAUACUCGUUAUUCUACCUCAAGCGUCUGAAGAAUACGGACCGAUAUCACAUUAUUAUCUAGUUGUAGUGCCCGAUGAUAAGUCACAUAAUCAUAAGAACCCAGAUCAGUUCUUAACAGACGAUUUAAUAAAGAAUAAUGCUCGCACGGACGACGAAAACGCGCCAUAUAUAGCAGCAAAGUUUUUACAAAGAAACAUUCUAUACACGUUCCAUCUAGGAAACGAUGAUAUGUAUGAAGGAUUUUUGAAUAGAAAAUUGAAUUUAAAUAAGAAAUACAGAGUUUUUGUAAGAGCGGUUGUUGAUACUCCGCAAAAACAUUUGUAUACGUCUAGUCCGUUCUCCGAGUACUUAUCACUAGACAUGAGGGAGGCUCCACCUGGAGAGGAACCCAGUAGACCGGAUCCCAAAGAUAUUAAUGGGGAUCCCGAGAUAAGGAUAGAGGAAAACCGAACCGAGGCCGGGAUGGUUUGGGUGAUCGGUCCAAUAAUAGCAGCUUUGAUGCUGUCGUUAUGUCUUGUUCUGCUUUUCAUUGUGAAACGAAGAAGGCAACCUUGUAAAACACCGGACCAAGCUGCCGUCACAAGACCUUUAAUGUCCGCUGAUAUAGGAUUCGGAGCACCCUCUGAUCCAGUUGAAAUGCGCCGCUUGAAUUUCCAAACGCCAGCAAUGAUUUCACAUCCUCCUAUACCGAUAUCCGAACUCGCAGAACACAUCGACAGGCUAAAAACCAACGACAACCUAAAAUUCUCACAGGAGUAUGAGAGUAUCGAACCCGGUCAGCAAUUCACGUGGGAUCAUUCUAACAUGGACGUUAACAAACCUAAAAACCGCUACGCUAACGUCAUCGCAUACGAUCAUAGCCGAGUUAUUCUACAACCUAUAGACGGAAUACUAGGAAGUGAUUAUAUAAAUGCCAACUACUGUGACGGAUACCGUAAACAUAACGCAUACGUCGCUACCCAGGGACCGUUACAAGAAACGUUCACAGACUUCUGGCGAAUGUGCUGGGAACUGAGAACGUCUACUAUAGUGAUGAUGACCAAGUUGGAGGAACGGACGAGAAUCAAGUGCGAUCAAUAUUGGCCCAGUCGAGGCAGCGAGUCGUAUGGCAUGAUGACGGUCUCUAUAGCAGAGGUUCAGGAACUUGCCACCUACUGUAUCCGAACAUUCCAAGUGACUAGAAACGGAGGUGGUGAGCGGAGAGAAAUCAAACAGUUGCAAUUCACCGCUUGGCCGGAUCACGGGGUCCCCGAUCACCCGGCACCGUUCUUACAGUUCUUGCGUCGUGUUCGUGCUCUCAACCCACCGGAUGCCGGGCCUCUAGUAGUUCAUUGCUCUGCGGGCGUCGGCCGGACGGGCUGCUUCAUAGUCAUCGAUUCGAUGCUCGAAAGGGCGAGGCAUGAACGCACCGUAGACAUUUACGGACACGUGACCUGUUUACGGGCACAACGAAAUUAUAUGGUGCAAACCGAAGAUCAAUACAUCUUCAUUCACGACGCUUUGCUCGAAGCUGUGAUCUGCGGCGACACGGAAGUGCCGGCUCGUAACUUGCACUCUCACAUCCAGAAGCUCAUGCGUAUCGACACUAUAGAGAACAUAAUCGGCAUGGAAUUCGAGUUUAAGAAACUUGCCAACAUGAAAGCCGAUUCCAGCCGUUUCGUGUCAGCCAGCCUACCCUGCAAUAAACAUAAGAACAGGCUGGUGCACAUCCUGCCUUACGAGUCUACUCGCGUCUGUCUGACUCCCAGAGACGGCUCGGAUUACAUCAACGCUUCGUUUGUGGAUGGAUACAAAUACCGAGCGGCUUACAUCGCAACCCAGGGUCCCUUGCCGGAUACCACUGACGACUUCUGGCGAAUGUUGUGGGAACAUAAUUCCACAAUUAUAGUCAUGUUAACCAAAUUGAAGGAGAUGGGCAGAGAGAAAUGUCAUCAGUAUUGGCCAUCUGACCGCUCGGUGCGCUAUCAGUACUUCGUGGUCGAUCCUAUCGCCGAGUACAAUAUGCCUCAGUACAUCUUGAGGGAAUUCAAGUUCACAGAUGCUCGCGAUGGUUCGUCUCGCACCGUCCGCCAGUUCCAGUUCACCGAUUGGCCGGAACAGGGCGUGCCGAAGAGCGGGGAAGGCUUCAUAGACUUCCUCGGACAGGUUCAUAAGACCAAGGAACAGUUUGGACAAGACGGACCCAUCACUGUCCAUUGCAGUGCGGGCGUGGGUCGUACCGGCGUGUUCAUAACGCUGUCGACCGUGUUGGAGCGGAUGCAGUACGAGGGUGUGGUCGACGUGUUCCAGACGGUCCGCACGCUCAGGACACAGAGACCGGCCAUGGUCCAGACUGCGGAUCAAUACGACUUCUGUUAUCGCGCCGCCCUGGAGUACCUGGGCUCCUUCGAUCACUACGCCAACUGACGAUGAGUCCCUGUCGUGUGCACGCCGCCUUAUAAACACGGCGACCGUAGUGUGUAGAUCACUUUAAUAACAUUGUACAGUGUCUACGGAAAUGUAUGGAUGGUCUUUAUUAUGUUCUUGGGUUUAUUUUUAAUGUUAUGAUAUAUAUAUAUGAUAGAUACUGGUGCAUUUCCGUUUCCGUUAAUAAACAUAGUGCUAUUUUAUAAUUUUUACAAUACAUAGGUACAAUAACUAAUAGUGUAUCAAGUAGUGCUAUAUUUGUUGUUAGUUGCGGUGCCAUACAUUCCAAACGACACGUUUAAAUUUAAUCGUAGCGGUAACUGACUGUUCUCAACGACAGGGUUACAACUAUCUAAAGAAGGUUACCUUCGAUCUAUGAGGCUAAACUUGUAUGUGCCUAGAAAAAUACUUAUGAAGUUUACAACAUGAGACCAUUUUUAACAUGAUCGUGAGUCGAGGGUUAAAAUAAUUAUAUUAAAAUCCCUUGAAGCAAAAAUAAGAGGUUGGCUGAAUAUUUAAGAUGUUCGCUCCGCUGUGAAAAAACGCAUUGUCUAUGGUCGAAUGUAAAUGACGUAACGCGGCAAAAUCUAACUGUCACUUAUAUUGUAUAAAUAGUUAUCGCAGCUGUAAUAAUAUAUUUAUUUUUUAAUAUGGUGUUAUUAGAUUAGUGUAUAGCGUGGUUUCAUUAUUGCAAUAUUACAGACGCGGACGUGUAGUGUGUCGUGUAUUGAAACGUAACGUGAGUAGAGUUUUAUGUAAAUAAAGAAUAUCUCUCAUUUCUCUUGCCUCGGUUAUCGUGUUUCCUACUGUAUUUUCGUGUUCAAUUUUUUUAAAAACCUCGAGCCGUACGCUAAUUUCCGUUCAUUAGUUUUAUUUUUAUAGAUUUAAGAAUAAUUUCAACAUCACUGCCGCCGUUCACGAGCCAGCGGCAGCAUGACAUAUCCAUUCUUAGGUAGAUGAAAAUUGUUUUGUCUGUGUGUUAUAAUGCAAUAAGGAAAUGUCUCAGUUGGACUUCAAUUUCGGAAGUAGACAAAUAAAUGUUUCCUAAUAUAUAGAUAUCUCUGAAGCUUGUUCACCGCGUGACACAUUCGUUAGGUUUAUCAUUUGUGGCCUGUGUUCAUUAUCCCUUUGAAUACAUUAAGCUAUCUCUAAGUGUAGUGAGUUGUUUAAUAUUUUCCAAUACCUACCCCUUGCGUAACAUAUCGUGUUAGGUUUUUUGAAUGUUUUUAUACAAAACUGUACUAUAACAUGUAUCUACGUGUAAGUUAAAGUUGAGCUUUUUAACUUAGAUAAUACGAUGCGGAUAAUAUUAUAACCGAUAUAUUAACAUUUAACACGUGGUUAUAUCGUAACCAGGAUAUGAAUGACACAGACGGAUGUGCUCGGCGAUACCUACCGAGACAUGUUCGUGUCUGAACAUCAACUGCCAAUCAUUAUUAGCUAGUGAACUUAAUAUAAAGCUAAUGUAACGAGAAAAAAAAAUACGUAGUUAUAAAUGGAUAUUGUUAAAUCGAAUAGUAAAAAUUUAAUACUCGUUGAUGUAUCGCAUAUUUAGGCGGGUUUUCUGCUUACACGUUAGUGAUGUCUGUAACGGUGCGGUCCGUCUUAUCCGAUUUUUAUGUCGAAAUCCUUAACGGUUAAUUUUUUUUUUAAUAAAAUCGUUUCUUAGUAUUGUAUUAGUAUAUCAUCUAACGCACAUACCGUUUUAAUUAAACUAUCCGCUUCUCGCGUUCAUUUUAGGAUUUAUGUCCAGUUUUAUAAAUGAUUUCUCUGAUAUCGGCAGUGUUUUUUCUAUAACUAGUUUAUAUUUUAUAUGAGUGUCUUCAUCAAUUGGUUCCGUGUUACUUUUGAACAAUGUUUGCCAUAUAAGGUGCUGUAGUUCCAUCGUUUAGUACAAAUCUCGUGUGAGCCCAAUCGAAUAUUGUUUGUAACCAUUGUCUGUUAUUUUGUAUGUAUGUAAAAGACUGAUUUAAUAUUUUUUCAAUGUGUUCUUAAUUAAUUUUUUUUAUAGUCUUCGACCUGUGCAGCGUUUGAUUUUUUUUUUAUAUUAUACUACUGUGUCGUUUAUUUGAUACGUUAUUUACACGUUCACUGACCGCGGGUAACCGAAUUUAUUUUGAAUCUAUACAAAAUAUUAUAAGAUAUUUAUUUUUUGCCAAACUGUCGCUGUCCCAGAUGUAAAGAGCUAUAUAUUUUUGUAACGCCACGAAAGAUGAAUAUUUAAUGUUAGUAUUUAAUUUUCCAUCAUAAUAAUUUCGGUUCCCCGCAUCGGUUGACGUAAAAUAUUUUACGUAAUUAAUUUUUUUACGUAUUAAAUGUCGCAGCUAUCCUUAAUCCAGUAGCCGCCUUGCGUUUUGUAUAUUUUGAAUUGCUAAGUGCCGUGGUGUUGCCAUAGCUGAUAUUUUAAUGCAAUUAAAAUGGCGGACGCAAUAUGGCGGGAAGGUGUGUGGACGUAUUUAGUAGGAGUUUGUAGACGAUUAUUUUAUGAAUGAAAUAUAACCCGCGCUGUGUCUCGGGAUAUGAUGGAUACGCAAAUUAUACAUAAUGUAUAUGAAGAAAUAAAUUUAUGUGAGAAAAUAUACAA